AAGCCCUGGCCAUAUAAAAAGCUUAACUACAACUGGUUUUAUCAGUUUUUUGACAGAACUACAAAAAGAAUGGAUGAGAACAGUAAAGUGGUCGUCAUUGAUGGACCGCUUGGGGUUGGUAAAACAGCUCUUGCUAAUAAAUUGGCCCAGGAAUUUGAUCUGAAAUACAUCCCUGAUGUCACUGAUAAAGAGGUUUUUAUUUCUUUGUCUGGAUAUGAUACCAAACCUUUGGAUGAAUAUAUGCCAGUUUCAUCAAGGCGAUGUAGUUUUGAAGAAUUUUACACACAGAGUGUCCCUGAAAAACAACUAUCACGAAUUGCCAUGACACAGCGAGAUCUUUUUAUACACAGAUUUUACCGGUAUUGUGAGGGUUUGUGUCAUCUGUUCAAUACUGGACAAGGAGUUGUGAUGGACCGGGGUGUCCACUCUGAUAUUAUAUUUGCCAAAACCUUAGCUAAAUUCAACUAUAUCAAUAGAUCUGAAUUGAGGUUUUUUCAUAAUGCCCGUAGAGAUGCCUUGUGUGAAUUACACCGACCACAUCUCUAUAUUUAUAUUGAUGCUAGCGUUAAGUAUAUGCAAGAAGCUAUUAAGAAAAGAAAUAUACCUUGGGAAGUCAGUAGUCCAGUUUUAACAGAGAAGUUCCUGUCGGAGUUUAGAGACAAUUAUAGGGAUUUCCUCCACAAAAAACAAGAGGGAAGUCAAAGUGAGGUCUUGGUUUAUGAUGCAGCUAAUUUUCCAGAUGUGGAAAUGAUUAUAGAAGACAUAGAAAAACUAGAUUUGGAUUUCCAUGAUAGCCUCCUGGAUGGUUUUUCAGAUAAGUUUGAAGAUUGGGGUGCGAUGAUAGAAGAGGAUGACUGGAAUGAAUACAGAAUGAAGAUGAGAAAU